GCGACUGACGUCCGGAGGUAAAACUGACGCUGAAGUGACUACUGGUGUCACGGUCUGACGCUGUGAGGAGAGAGGAAGAUUCUCUAACACGUCUGCAAGGCAUGGUGUUGUGAGUGUAAGUGACAAGAUGUUGGGCGCCAUGGACGGCAAGGAGUACGGCGCGCUGCACGCCGCCGCAGCCGCCGCUGGAUACACUAUGGAUGCCGAUCCGAGUGGAGGUGCAAUGGGCAACACCGGUAUGGGCGGCCCUGGCACGCAGCAGUACGGGGAGGUCAACCAACUGGGCGGUGUGUUCGUCAACGGACGACCGCUGCCCAACGCUGUCAGAUUGAGGAUUGUCGAACUAGCACAAUUGGGCAUAAGGCCGUGUGACAUCAGCCGUCAGCUGCGCGUGUCCCAUGGCUGCGUGUCCAAGAUCCUGGCGCGCUACCACGAGACCGGCUCCAUCCUGCCUGGUGCCAUUGGUGGUUCCAAGCCCAGGGUCACCACCCCUAAGGUUGUCUCUUACAUAAAGCAGCUAAAAGCAAAGGAUCCGGGCAUCUUUGCAUGGGAGAUCCGCGACCGGCUGUUAGCUGACGGCGUGUGCGACAAAUACAACGUGCCCUCCGUGUCCAGUAUCAGCCGCAUUCUACGCAACAAGCUCGGCGGUGGCGCCCUCUACCCCGUGCCCCCGCUAUACCCCGUGCCCCCGCAGCGCUGCUGGCCGCUGCACCAACCCUACGACUACUAUGUUUAUUUACAGGGUCGGCAGCACGCCGCAGCACCGCCGCACGGGCUGCCACACCACCCGCAUCAGCCGCCGCCUUCGCACGCGCACGCACAUGCGCUCUGACAUACACACGCAGCCGCGCGCUGCAACUAGUGUAGAAUGAAGUCAUUGUUAAAUUACAACAAACAAUUCAACUUUCUAUUGAAGAAAUCUGUGCUAUCAAGGAAUUAAAUCAUCCCACUAAAGAUCUGAUUGGAAACUUCGAAAUUCCUUAUGAUAAUUUAGCAUGUAUGGUUUGUGACAAUCGACCUGCGAUUGUAUAACACCCAAAUGGGUAGGAAAUAAACGACCGUGACUGUACAAUAUAACAUGGACGCGAUACAGUUUGUAAGAAACAAAUGCAGAAUAACUACAUUAUGUGCAGGAAUUACUUUGAAUUUGCAACUCAAGGAAUGAAAUAUACUCAAACUCAAGUGUGGCCGCCCUAAGACUAUAGUAUGGAAUUUAAAUUGAAGAACAUGGAAAUAGUAUGAAAUAUAAUUGAAUGAAAAGGAUUAUUUACAAAUUUAAGUCGUGAAAAUCAAUUAAACUUAGAAACUAGAGAGAAAAGUAUUAAUAUAAUGUAAAUAAACUUGUAAGAUAUUAGUGAAAUUUAAGUUUUAGUGAUAGUAAAGUGCCGUGAAAACAAAAUAAUAAGUUAACAUAUUAUUUAGAUUGAUUAUAAGAUGUUACUAAAAC